UGUGCUAAGAGGUAAAUCACAUUUGUGAUCGAAUGUCAUACUUAUUGUUGAAUUUCAAAGAAAAAUAUUAAUUUCAGCGUCUGAUGCAAAUCUUAGUUUGCUGAGUUGUGAUCGUGAACGUGUAACUUUACGCAAACUGUUGUGUGUUUAAAUUUUGUUUAAAUUACGGAAUCGACGUUAUUCUGGAUUUUCUCGACUUCGGUUUUCGCAAUCACCUGAUCCUGUAUUACGGAGGAUUUGUUUCAAGAAAAUAUGACAGUCUGCAUGAGUGUAGAGAAUCCAGCUGACACUGACAGAGAAGUUCAACGUAUAAUUGACCUUGGUGAAUUGGUCCUUGCCUCAAGUUUGACCUGAAGUUGACCUGAAGAACAUUGGAAUAAAUUUGACAAGGGACCUGGGCAAGGUGGGAAUCGUAUCCAGCUAAAACUCAAGUUAAAUCUAGAUUUAGAAGAGUGUUCCUAGCAUUAUCUAGAACCAGUGCAGCUGCAGUUGCAAAUGGAUUGAGAAAAAAACAAGGCAGCAUCUUUUUUCACCACAAAUUCUAAGAACCCAAGCCAUCAUGGCGGAUUUGAAAUCAGAUCUCCAGUCGUACCUUUCGACCUCGUCCAAGUCCCUCUCCCAAUCUAGCGGUUCCUUGUCGUCUGGAGCAAAGAGCACCAUGAACUCAAUGACAUCCUGGUUCUCAGGGUCAAAGGACGGCCACAGGGACGGUGAUGUGGAAGCAUCAGGAAACCUGCUGACUGGUGGUACACCCAAAGAAAGCAAGGAUGGAGGAGACACUAACGGCUGGUUCACACAAGCAGAAAAAGAUCCAUUCUGUCCAUCUUUGAGUCGUCAGCAGAGGAUCAUUGGUUUCAUGGGGUGUCUUGCUGCUGGUGUGUUCUGUUUUGUCCUGGCCUGGACCUUUGCUCCACUCAUCGUUGUCAAACCUAGAAAGUUUGCUCUUCUCUACACAUUGGGAAGUGUCUUCUCUGUCGGCAGUUUUUCUCUCCUCUGGGGUCCAAUGAAUCAUCUGAAACAUCUUUGUUCUGCACAGAGAUUCCCUUUUACAGCGACGUACUUUGGCACAAUGUUUGCUACGCUUUACUUCUCCAUGAUAAAACAAGUCACCUUGAUGACAAUAGUUUGUGCGCUUCUUCAAAUGCUUGCAUUAGUAUGGUAUGUCAUGAGCUACAUACCAGGAGGACAGACUGGACUCAAGUUUUUCACCAAAGUGUUCACCUCGAUAGCAGGGAAAGCAGUGUCAAGUACAUUACCAGUCUGAUCAAGCAAUGGUUCAAAACAAGAGACACCACUCUAUAAAACUGAAGAAGCAACAAACCUCUCUCCACUAUGCUGAUGAUUUGUGAAAUCUUGUGAAACCUAGGGGUGUCCGAGUCGAGUGGUUCGGUAACUUUAAUGGGAAUGUGAAAGUUGUGGGUUCAAGCACCGACAUGGCACUCCUAUGUAUGGCAAGACAUUUCAUACAUUGCAUCUCUCCAUCUAAGACUUGGGGUACCUGAUGGGAUAUGAAUGCCAUUGUGUUAGGAUUGACAUGCACCUGUAAAAUGGGGAAUGGAUGGAAUGCUCCAAACAGAUUUGAGAGUGAACACUGCAUGUGCGGAAUUCUUAUUGAAUCUGAUGGCCGGGGUAACAGUUCACUUUGGUCAAUUGUUUUGACCAGUUAGUUGUACCUUGGAAGGUGCUACAUUUGAAUAUGAAAAGCAGUCGAUAUUAUUGCUAACAAAAUCACAAA